AUGGCCUCAUUAACCGAUGUGAAGAUUUUCCGUCCGUCCGGCUCUGCGGACUCAAGGAGAGAAAGGAAAACUACUGCUCAGCAUAAAAAAGCAUUGGACCUAAAAAGUCAUAAUUAUCUGUAUACGGUCCACCCUAUAACUGGACCCCCCACCCCCCACCCUGCCCCCUCCCCUGGCCUCUCGCAGCCCUCCUUUCCCUCUGGGCAGCCCACCUCUGUCGUGUUUGCCACCCCUCCUCCUCCAAUGAACCCCACUCCACAGCCCCGACAGUUCACCCCUGGGCCCCGGCCUUUACACCAACAGACCUACUACACAAACCGGACUAGCCUUCCCAGCAGCGGGCCCCGUGGUGUCCCGCCCAGCAGUGGUCCGCGGCCCGUCCCCCCCACACAUGUGUAUCAGCCGGGCUCACAGAUGAUGCUGAUCCCGGGGCCCUUCCCCAGCUCGCCACAAGGACAUUACUUCAUGCAAACACAGUAUCGGCCAACUGGGUACAUCCCUACAGUCCCACCUGGACCAGCGGGAACACCAGGCUUCUACCCAGGCACCAGUCCAGCAGAAUAUAACAGUUAUGCUCCAGCCCCGGCUUACUAUUCACCACUGCCCUCGGUGCAGCCUGCUCCGGUUCUCAUCAACCCAGGACCUCAGCAGCAGCCUCCCCCCCAGCCUCCCCAGCACAUAACCACCAAGAGAGAACGCAAACAGAUUAUAAUAAGGGACCCGAACCAAGGCGGCCGUGACAUCACAGAGGAGAUUAUGGCCGGUGGGAGAAGUGGCUCUACUCCAACACCGCCACAAUCAGCCGUAUCUGGAUCAGAAGGUUCAGCAUUGGGACAGGCCAACGGUGAGAGUAUCCCAGCUGCUUCUGCACCGCCAUUAUUCAGACCAGAUGAUCGUGGGAAACCUUCGCCUCCACCUCCAUCGAAAACUCCUGAGCUCUCUAAACCCAGUCCCACGUCCUCGGACUUCUCUGAACUGAACACUACUCCCUCUGACACAGACACUGCAUCCUUCAGCUCAAACGCCUCUCCUCCAGCUCCCAUUUCAGACGUGAUGGACGCUCCUCCACCUGCUCUCAAAGGACCCAGCCCCCCUGUUCAAUCAGCGCCUGAAAUUCCUGCGUACCCCGCACCGCUGCCCGACCCCGUCCCCUCUGCAGCUGCGCUCGACGAACACAAAACGUCCGAAUCCGAAGACGAGGACGAAGAGAUGGACACUGCAUCUGAAGAAUCGGUUCCUUCGACAAAUGGAGUUACUGAGACAGAAAGGCUUAUCGUAGCAAUGCCACAAAAUCAUCUGGAAGCUCCACUCGAGUCACCCAUUGCACAACCAGAGGAGCUGCGUCUACCAAACGGUCUGCCCCUGCCCUCGCCCCAGGACCCCGAAGCACCGUCCGCAAGCACAGCCGAAUGCGACGAUAGCCCUAUCACAGAACCAGACGCAGUUCAACCAGCUGAGGAUAGCCUACCUACAACUGUCAAUAUCGUUCAAGUGCCCAUUGCACAAGCUUCCCCUGUCCCACCAGUGGAAAAGGACCCUGAACCCGUCCCAGAGCCCCUGGUGGAAUCGGUCGUCCCAGAAGUCAAAGUAGAAAACCAAGAAGCGCUUCCUCAAAUCGAGUCUGAAGAGGCCGAGGAAAAGGCCGACGCCCCUGAAGUCGAAGCUGCGGUGAAGGAGGAGAAGGAAUCUGAGCCUGAGAGCAUCCCAGAAGCAGUGCCUCCCACCCCCAUGUCUGAGGAACAAGCGGGCACCCCAACACCCCCCAUAGCCACUCCCGCCCCCGUGGAAACUGCUAUGCAAGCUGCUGUGUCUGUGCCAAAGAAAAAGAGGAAAAUGAAGGAACUGAACAAAAAGGAUGCAGUGGGUGAUCUCCUGGAUGCCUUCAAAGAGGAGCAGGUGGUGGUCAAACCUGAACCAGAGCCAGUCGCAGCCUCAGAGCCCGAGACCCCCGCAGCGCCUCCAGCCCCAGAGGAGGCAGACCUCACCUGGGAAGACAAAGAGGACAAAGAGGACAAGCUGGACUCGGAGAACAUUCAGCCAGAUACCAUGAAAGCCAGCAGCACUGACAAGAAGUAUCAGUACAAAGAGGAAAACUGGAAGCCAAUAAACCCAGAAGAGAAGAAGAAAUACGACAGAGAGUUCCUGUUGGGUUUCCAGUUCAGCUCCGCCAGUAUGAACAAACCUACAGGUCUGCCUGCGAUCAGCGACGUCGUCCUGGAUAAGGCAAACAAGACCCCCCUGCGACAGCUCGACCCCAGCCGUUUACCCGGAAUGAACUGUGGCCCCGACUUCACGCCUUCAUUCGCCAACCUCGGCCGGCCGGGGAUGGGAGGCGGCAGAGGACCACCUCCAGGGAUGGGCAUGGGCAUCGGUGGUCCACGGCGAUCUCAGCAGAUGCAGCGCAAAGAGCCGCGUAAGAUCAUUACCAGCAUGUCCCUGAACGACGACAUCCAGCUGAACAAAGCCGAGAAAGCCUGGAAACCCUCAGCCAAGAAGCCCGCGCGCCGAGUGGAGGAGGCCGAGUCCGACGACCCCGACCAGCAGAAGACACAGGAGCUGUUCAAACGCGUGCGCAGCAUCCUCAACAAACUCACGCCGCAGAAGUUCCAGCAGCUCAUGAAGCAGGUGACGGAGCUGACCAUCGAUACGGAGGAGAGGCUGAAGGGAGUUAUCGACCUCACGUUUGAGAAGGCCAUCUCCGAGCCAGACUUCUCUGUGGCCUACGCAAACAUGUGCCGCUGUCUCAUGGGGCUCAAAGUCCAGGCCACCGAUCAGCCCGGAGCCACUGUGAAUUUCCGAAAGCUGCUGCUGAACCGCUGCCAGAAAGAGUUUGAGAAAGACAAAGACGACGACGAAAUCUUUGAGAAGAAGCAGAAAGAGCUGGAUGCGGCCGGUAAUGACGAGGAGAAGCAGCGGCUGACGGAGGAGCUAGAAGAUGCUAAAGACAAAGCACGGCGACGUUCUCUGGGAAAUAUCAAGUUCAUCGGAGAACUGUUCAAGCUGAAGAUGCUGACGGAGGUCAUCAUGCACGACUGCAUUGUCAAGCUGCUCAAGAACCACGACGAGGAGUCUCUGGAGUGCCUGUGCCGCCUGCUGUCGACCAUCGGCAAAGACCUGGACUUUGAGAAGGCUAAGCCUCGUAUGGAUCAGUAUUUUAAUCAAAUGGAGAAGAUCAUCAAAGAGAGAAAGACUAGCUCCAGGAUUCGUUUCAUGUUACAAGACGUACUGGACCUGCGAUGGAACAACUGGGUUCCGAGGCGUGGAGACCAGGGCCCCAAAACUAUCGACCAGAUCCACAAAGAGGCAGAGAUGGAGGAGCACCGGGAACAUAUGAAGGCCCAACAAGCGCUGAUCUCCAAGAAGGACUCUGGAGGCUCCGGGGGCAGGAUGGAGAGAGGACAGGGGGGCCGAGGCGGACACCACACCCCGGGACGUGGAGCCCCACAACAGGACGAGGGCUGGAACACGGUGCCCAUCUCCAAGAACAGGCCCAUCGACACCUCACGCCUCAGCAAGAUCACUAAGACUCCUGUACUUGACUUUAACAAUCAGCUGCUCGCCCCUGGAGGUAAAGGCACGUGGGGCAGCUGGGGCAAAGGCAGCAGCGGUGGCACGACCACGAAACCCGCAGACGCUGGCCCAGACGCAGGCAGCAGACCGGCAACUCUAAACCGAUUCUCAGCUCUGCAGCAGUCUUCCGCCGCCGCAGCCUCAGACGCCGACAGAAGGGUUCCCAACAGAAACAGCUCGAGCAGAGAGCGCGGAGACCGGUACGAGCGGUCGGACCGCGGAGGAGACCGCUUCGACAGGCGCGACGACCGACGGGACGACCGCGACAGGAACCGGCUGCAGGUGACGAAGAGAAGCUUCAGCCGAGAGACCGAAGAGCGCAGUCGAGAGCGGGAGCACCGCGCGUCCAUCGAGGCGGUGCGGCGAGUGGCCAGCAUGACCGACGAUCGAGGCAGCAGGGAGAGGGCCCGCAGCAAAGACAAUGUACAAAAGGAGAGAGCCACGCCUCCUCUCCCUCAGCCUCCCACCAAACCUGCCUUAUCAGAAGAGGAACUUGAAAAGAAGUCCACAGCCAUCAUUGAGGAGUACCUACAUAUUAAUGAUAUGAAGGAAGCCCUACAGUGUGUGCAGGAGAUGAACAGCCCUCAGCUCUUGUACGUUUUUGUUCGAAACGGUUUGGAGUCGACGUUGGAGCGGAGCCCGAUCGCCCGCGAGCACUUAGGCCUGCUGAUGCAACAGCUGGUCAAGAACGGCACCCUCCCAAAACCGCAGUAUUUCAAAGGGCUUCAGGAGAUCCUGGAGGUGGCUGAGGACAUGGCCAUCGACAUCCCCCACAUCUGGCUUUACCUGGCGGAGCUCAUCACCCCCAUGCUGCAUGAGGGAGGCAUCCCCAUGGGAGAGCUGUUCAGGGAAGUUGCCAAACCCCUGAUCCCUCUGGAGAAAGCUGGAGUGUUGCUGGUCCAGAUCCUCACUCUCCUCUGCAAAGGAAUGAGCCAUAAAAAGGCCGGUGCCAUGUGGAGAGAAGCCGGUCUCAUAUGGAAAGACUACCUACCUGAAGAUGAAGACGUCAAUAAGUUUGUGACAGAAAAGAAUGUAGAAUUCACUCUCGGAGAAGAAUCUGAGAAAAGUGAAAAGUCUGAAAUGACUUCGUCUGAGCUGACUCAGCAUCUGGAGCGACUGAUCCAGGACCAGGCCGACGACCAGCGGAUACUUGACUGGAUCGAGGCAAAUCUGGACGAGAAGCAGACGUCCUCUAACAUGUUUGUGAGAGCGCUCAUGACCUGCAUCUGUCAAUCAGCCAUCAUCUGUGAGAACCCGUACAAAGUGAAUGCAGACGUGAUCAAACAGCGAGCCAAACUGCUGCUCAAGUUUCUGAAGGACGAGCAGAAGGAGCUGCAGGCGCUGUACGCUCUGCAGGCGCUCAUGGUGCAGAUGGAGCAGCCGGCGAAUCUGCUGCGGAUGUUCUUCGACACACUGUACGACGAGGACGUGAUCAAAGAGGAGGCGUUCUACAAGUGGGAGUCGAGCAAAGACCCCUCGGAGCAGCAGGGCAAAGGGGUCGCCCUCAAGUCCGUCACUGCCUUCUUCACGUGGCUGCGAGAGGCCGAAGACGAGUCCGACAACAACUGA